UGGUGCAUGCAGCCAGUCUAUAAAACUUGGUUCUUAAUAUCAGCAAACACAGAGGCAGGACAGGUGGUCUAGACAGAAACAUCAACGCCAAGACCAUUAAUACUCAUUUUAUUCUAUUUUAUCAGGCAUUCACCAUAUUAAAUAAUAUUAACAACUCUGAGGACAUUGACUGGAAGUGGAUGUUGUCCGCAGACCCAAUUGGUAGAUCACGAUUUACAGACAAGCAACAAGAAUAUAUAUACUUUAAUUAACACUUUUUGUGCCAUCAUCGGUCUCAAGAUGUGCCCUGGUGCUUUUGCCAAAUGUCUGGGGAUAAGCCUGCUCCCUCUGUCCGUGGUGUGCGUUCUGUGCAACAUCCUGCUCUUCUUCCCUGGAGGGACACCUGUGGACACCAAAGAGCUCUCAGAAGAGGUCUGGUACUUUGGAGGCAUUCUCGGAUCUGGAGUCCUGAUGCUCUUCCCAGCUUUGGUCUUCCUUGGUUUGAAGAACAACGACUGCUGCGGUUGCUGCGGUAACGCAAGCUGCGGCCGGAGGUUUGCUAUGCUGAGCUCCAUUCUGUUUGCAGCAGUGGGUGUGCUAGGGGCAGGGUACUCUGUCGUGGUGUCUGUUCUGGCCAUCAAGAGGGGGCCCUUCUGCCAGACUUCCGAAGGGUGGAAGUAUCCAUUCGAGAAUAGAGACUACCUAUGGAAGGAAUGUCUGCAGCCCUUGGACGUGGUGCAUUGGAACCUGUCUCUGUUCUCGGUGCUGCUGGCCUUGGGUCUGAUCCAGGCGGUGCUCUGUGCCGUGCAGGUGGUGAACGGCCUGCUGGGAGCUCUCUGUGGGGACUGCUGCGGCGGCAGCCGUGGGGCUCAAGCUACUGCCUGAGCACGUCCAUGCCGACGUGAGUCUGUGGGAGCCGGACAUCUUGUUUAUUAUUAACCAAUCCGAUGGGGCUAUGCUGGUAAUGUUGGUACGAAUGCCAUGUUUUGUCUUGUUCUCCAAAGUUAUGGGGGUCAUUCUGUUCAGAUCUGCCACCAUCUUCUCUGAGACCUCACUAUGUUUUUCUUUAUUCAAAUCAUGUCGCUAUCAAUGAUAAAAAAAAACGCUUCAAUAAACUUUUAUGAAAUUUGAAA